CACCUGAACAUCGUCUUCAUCGGCCACGUCGACGCGGGCAAGUCGACCAUCGGCGGCCAGCUGCUCCACCUCACCGGCAUGGUGGACAAGCGGACGCUGGAGAAGUACGAGCGCGAGGCGAAGGAGAAGAACCGCGAAUCGUGGUACCUCAGCUGGGCGCUGGACACCAACCAGGAGGAGCGGGACAAGGGCAAGACGGUGGAGGUGGGCAGGGCGUGCUUUGAGACGGAGAACCGCCUCUUUACGCUGCUCGACGCGCCCGGCCAUCGGGGCUUUGUGCCGAACAUGAUCGGCGGCGCCUCGCAGGCGGACCUCGCCGUGCUGGUCAUCAGCGCACGGAAGGGCGAAUUUGAGACCGGCUUUGAGAGAGGUGGGCAGACGCGAGAGCACGCCAUGCUCGCCAAGACUGCCGGCGUCAGACAGCUGAUCGUGCUGAUCAACAAGAUGGACGACCCGACGGUGGAGUGGAGCGAGGCGCGCUACAACGAGUGCUGCGAGAAGCUGCUGCCCUACCUGAAGAAGUGCGGCUUCAACCCCAAGACGGAGCUCUACUUUAUGCCCUGCUCCGGGCUGACGGGCGCCUACCUCAGGGAGCCCGUCUCAGAGGCCGUCUGUCCCUGGUUCAGAGGCAAGUCCUUCCUCGACUACCUGGACAGCGUGCCCUUUGGCAACCGCUACGUGGACGGCCCCUUCCGUAUGCCCGUCUUCGACAAGUACAAGGACAUGGGCACGGUGGUGAUGGGCAAGGUGGAAAGUGGGAAGACGCAGCGCGGCGCCCAGCUCCUUCUCAUGCCCAAUCGGAAGAUGGUGGAGGUGCUGCAGCUGUGGUCGGACGAGGAGGAGGUCAGUCAGGUGCUCAGCGGGGAGAACGUCAAGAUCAAGCUGAAGGGCGUCGAGGAGGAGGAGGUCACCUCGGGCUUCGUCCUCUGCGACCCGGCCGACCCCUGCAGCAUUGGCCGCGUCUUUGACGCGCAGGUGGCCAUCCUCGAGCACAAGUCGAUCAUCUGUCCGGGCUACUCGGCGGUGCUGCACAUUCACUGCGCCAGCGAGGAGAUCAGCGUCAAGGGCAUCAUCGACCUCAUCGACAAGAAGACGGGCGAACGGCAAAAGGUAAAGCCGCGCUUCGUCAAGCAGGACCAGGUGGCGCUGAUGAGGCUGGAGUGCUCCGGCGGCAUGAUCUGCAUGGAACCGUUUAGCAAGUUCCAGCAGAUGGGCCGCUUCACGCUAAGGGACGAGGGCAAGACCAUUGCCAUUGGAAAGGUGCUGCGCAUUGCGCCCACCGAGGGAAGCAGCACUAGCAGCAGUGGCGGCGGCUCUGGCGGUUCCUCCGCUGGGGGUGCUUCUAGUGGGGGCGGCGGUGGCGGCGGCAGUUCCUCCAACGCUGUCGGCGGCGGCAACAGCAACGCCAACAACUAA